UGUUAAUAAAUAAAAUAUAUUUUAAUUAAUGUUAUAUUUUUAAAUGUGAUUUGGUUAGGUCGCAAAAAUAAUAAGCCAAAUGAAAAAGUGUGAUGUAUGUGGCAGCCAUGUUUUUUAAAUUGAGCAGUUGGGGCGCGGCGCUGGUAUUAUUUGCUUUCUGCACACGGUAUGCGCGAGGCGAAGAUUAUUUCAGGAUGGGCAUGAACACAAAUGCGGCGGAGGCAGCUCAGUUUCUGAGAGAAUACGAUCGGGAGGCGUCUGGAAUGUGCUAUAGGGUAACAAUGUCCCAGUGGAAGUUCGUGACCAACAUAACGGAGUACAACCAGCGGCGGAUGCUGGAGGAGCUGGGUCUGAGCGCCAAGUUCGAGCGGCUGUCGUGGCGGAAAGCGGCCGCGUACGACGUGUCCCGCCUGCCGGACCCGCAGGACCGACGCCAGCUCGCCAGGAUCAUACAAUCCAGCCGCGCCGGGCUGCCUGAUGACAAGUUCGCGGAGAUCCAACAGUUGAUAAAUGAAAUGAAAGAGUUGUACAACUCGGCGAAAAUAUGUCCGUUCGGCCAAAAGCCCUACGAUCCACACGUACCGAAGCUGCCGCACCCCGACCUUUCCGAAGGGAAUAGGACCUACCACCUCGCCAGCCAGCCCUACCAGCAUUACCAGCCGGCACAAGAUGACCAGGACUACCCCAACUACUGCGACAUGCAGCUCGACCCGGAGAUCACCAGAAUUCUGGCACAUUCUAGAAUAGAGAAUGAACUUCUGUACGUGUGGAAGAGCUUCAGGGAGAAGACGGGGCCGAAGCUGAGGAAUCGGUUCAUGCGAUACGUACAGCUGGCUAAUCAGGCAGCUAUCACUACUGGCUACCGCGACGCGGGUGACCAGAUGCGCGCGGCGUACGACGACCCGUCAUUCCGCGCCAGCGUGGAGGAGGUGUACAACCAGGUCGCACCGCUCUACAAGCAACUGUUUACGUACGUGCGGACGCGCCUGCGCAUGCGCUAUCAGACCAUACGACCAGAUGGACCCAUACCUGCUCAUCUGUUAGGCAACAUGUGGGCGCAGAACUGGAAGUCCAUCAUGGAUCUGGUGAUGCCGUUCCCGCAGGCGCCCACCCUCGACGUCACUGCAGAGAUGCUCAGGCAGGGAUUCACACCGCUGAGAAUGUUCCAAAUGGCGGAGGAGUUCUACACGUCGAUGGGUCUGAAGCCGGUGCCACCGGAGUUCUGGCGCGGCUCGCUGCUGGCGCGCCCGCCGCAGCGCAGCGUGCAGUGCACCGCCAGCGCCUGGGACUUCUGCAACAGGAUCGACUACAGGAUAAAGCAGUGCACGGAGGUGACGAUGCAGGACCUGGUGUCGACGCACCACGAGAUGGCGCACAUCCAGUACUACCUGCAGUACGCUGACCAGCCCCAGCUCUUCCGCGACGGCGCCAACCCCGCGUUCCACGAGGCGGUCGCGAAUGCCGCGACGUUGUCCGUGUACAACCUCAACCAUCUGCAACGAGUCGGACUUUAUAACAAUAAGACUCACGACCAGUACCAGGUGAGCAUGAACUUCCUGAUGUCGAUGGCGCUGGAGAAGGUCGCCUACCUGCCCUUCGCAUUCAUGGUCGACCAGUGGCGAUGGUCGGUGUUCGAGGACGGCGUGAAGAACAUGAACGCCAAGUGGUGGCAGAUGAAGCUACGGUAUCAGGGAGUGACGCCGCCCGUCUCGCGCACUGAGGCCGACUUCGACCCCGGAUCCAAGUACCACAUCAUUUCCGAUCAAGAGUACAUAAAGUACUUUCUGGCGACGAUCCUGGAGUUCCAGGUGUUCGAGCAGCUGUGCGCGGCAGCGGGGCACGCCGGACACCUGCACGAGUGCGACGUCUACCGCAGCCGCGAUGCCGGCAGGCUUCUGAGUGAGAUAAUGCAGCCCGGUGCUUCGAAGUCGGCGGCGGACAUCAUCCGCAGCAUGACGCGCGGCAAGACCAACAGGAUCUCGCCCGAGGCGCUCGUCAAAUACUUCCGUCCUCUGGAGCUGUGGCUGCGCGUCCAGAACCGCGACGAGGCGGUGAUCGGCUGGAGCUCCAGCCAGCUCGACGUGGCGCUGUUCGCCCCCCAGCGAGCCGCCGCCCCCGCACACGCGCUAGCUACGCCCCUAUGUCUACUUGUUGUGUUUAUUGUGUUUAUUAAAUGGUUUUAAG